CUCUGUACCGUUCGCUCGAGUCUCGGGUUCGUCAGUUAUGACGGCACAGUGAUAUAGACAGACAGAGCGCCUCCGUCGUGCGCUUAGAGGACGGCCACCCGAAACAAAGUCUUCCUGUUCGUCUCGCUUCACUUUCGUUUAUUUAUUUUUAUUCAUCAUUGUUUUCCUUCGUUCAGCUCAAAUUUACAAAUUAUUUUCUUAUACGCACACAUGUAAAAUUCAAUCGAAGUUGACCGAACGGUCAAUCAUUCGCGAAAUAGACGGUGAAACAUUAGAAGGGGAACGAGGGAGAUAGAAAGGAGAAGAGAGAAAAAGAUAGAAAGACACGGAGAACGGCGGAACGGUCCUUGGUAACGGAGACCGAAUCGAGAAGCCGCGGAGGGUCGCACCAAUCGCGUACAUCUAUAUAUACAUAUAUAUGUAUAUUGUACACAUACGUAAAGAUACGGGGUGAUAAUAGUUUACGAGAAUAAUAAAGCUGCCAGCGACGAGCCACGAGCAGUGACUCCAUCAGUGAUUACACCGGGCUCGAAGAAUCCACAAUAAGGAAAACAAACAAAAAAAAAGAAAGUAUCAAAAAAUAUAUCGAGUUGUAAAUCUUGAGGUUUUGUAGAAAUUGCACGAUGAAGGUGCGUCGCGCCCCGGCUUGUUGACUGCAUCACGCAGCAUCACGGAAGACUGAGUUGUCUCUAGCGAUUUUAAAAUUCGCAAGUGCAAUAUUGGAAAAAGAAAGGGAAAGAGGGAGUAAGCGAGAGAGAAAGAGGGACAGAGAGCAAUAGUGAGAAAGUGAGCGAUAUCAGAACAACGGAAUAAAGUCUCAAGUUCGGGAAUCGAGAAUGCGUUUUAUCUGAGACUAAUUUUUUUUUUUAAACUUGUUUCUUUUUUUAUCUGGAAUAUCCCCCACCCCCGGUUUCUUGAAGCGUCGGCCAUGUGCCGCGCUGCUCCGCGUGUUUCUCGUUGCGGUUGUUCAUUCAGUAGCGGCUGAGCAACAUCGCGGCACGUCUAUCACGAGAGCUUUCGAUAUUUGUAUACAUAUAUAUAUAUAUAUAUAUAUAGGAUCCAUAUAUUUUUUUUAGUGAACCGAAGUGAAGCGAGUAUAGAUAUUAUUGUAAACUCCAUUGAAGUUCCUCGGCAGGGCGGCGAACGGAAGGGGGUGAAAAAGUGAGAGAGAGAGAGAAAUAGAGAAUACGGCGAGAGUUUAUAGGGUUCGUGUUGUAUAUAUAGAAGUCUUUAUAUACAAAUAUAUAAAGAUAUAAAGUACUUGAAGCCGUUCGAAGUGCAGGGCCGUAAGGCGGAGUGCGCGGAACUAUAUAUAGCAGAAUAUAUACGUGUUUGUGCUUGUGUGCGUAUAUAGCUGUACAUGUAUACGCAUAUAUACGUAUAAAUGUGUGAAGCAGCGUCGAAGUCUACUACCACCAUUACAUCGCGAGACCUCGACCUUCCGGGUGUAACCGGGUGUGUCCGUGAAAAGAAAACGGUCCUCCAGUGUUUCGCCGCAAUUAAAUCACCGAGCGAAUUGUCAUUUAUUUGAAAUACGCGAUUCCUACCCCUUUCUUCUUUUUCUUUUCUUCUUUUCCUCCUUCGUUUUACAUGGUGCACCGUUUUUUAGCCUUUUUAUAUAAUUUUUUACGACUUUGGAUACAUCGUGAAGAUAUUUUCAUUUCGUACGGAGCUAUCGACGAUAGCGCGUACGAGACGACGAUCAAAACGACGACGAAAACGUCGGCCAAGACCGUUCUUGUGUGCCAGCGCAAAACAGGCUCCGGGCUUUAGUGCAGUUGUGAAGCGUGCGCGAGUGAGAGAGGGAGCGCUAGUGGCGUAUCAAGAUGGCGCAUAAUUUGGCACCGAGCGUCAACUGCUCGCUCGAUGAUAUCGACUUAAAUGCCCUUAAGGAUCCUGCUGGAAUAUUCGAGUUAAUCGAGGUCGUCGGCAAUGGCACUUACGGUCAAGUUUACAAGGGUCGCCACACAAAGACCGGUCAGUUGGCGGCGAUCAAGGUCAUGGACGUCACGGAGGACGAAGAGGAGGAAAUAAAGUUAGAAAUAAACGUUCUUAAAAGGUACUCGAAUCACAGAAACAUCGCAACGUACUACGGUGCAUUCGUGAAAAAAUCACCACCCGGUAAGGACGACCAGCUAUGGCUCGUGAUGGAAUAUUGCGGGGCUGGCUCAGUGACGGAUCUUGUCAAAUCGACCAAAGGACAGAGCCUCAAGGAGGAGUGGAUCGCUUAUAUCUCGAGAGAGAUCUUGAGAGGACUCAGCUACCUUCAUAGCAAUAAAGUCAUACACAGGGAUAUCAAAGGACAAAACGUUCUGCUUACGGACAACGCCGAAGUCAAAUUGGUGGAUUUCGGAGUCAGUGCACAAUUAGACAGAACCAUAGGAAGAAGAAACACAUUUAUUGGAACACCGUACUGGAUGGCGCCGGAAGUUAUAGCUUGCGAUGAAAAUCCGGACGCGACUUACGACAAUAGAAGCGACCUUUGGUCGCUCGGUAUCACAGCACUCGAAAUGGCAGAGUCACAGCCACCACUUUGUGAUCUUCAUCCCAUGAGAGCACUUUUUCUCAUUCCACGAAAUUUGCCACCUCGACUCAAGUCGAAGAAAUGGGCAAAAAAGUUUCACGGAUUUAUCGAAACGGUCCUGGUGAAGGACUAUCAUCAGAGGCCUUACACGGAACAGCUGCUCAAGCAUCCGUUCAUACGGGACCAACCGACCGAACGACAAGUCAGAAUACAACUUAAGGACCAUAUCGAUCGCUGUAAAAAACGCAAGCAAGAAAAAGAAAGAGACGAUUACCGAUACAGCGGUAGUGAAAAUGAAGAGGACGAGCCAGCAUUGGCUGGUGAACCAUCGUCGAUCGUACAAGCACCGGGAGGUGACACAUUGCGUCGAAAUUUCCAACAAAUUCAAGAAGGACGAACACUCACGCAGGAUGUACCGCAACAGCCACAAAUUUUGGCGAAGGAAAAACCCGCCGGUGGAAGAGGACAGAGAGAAAUACCGGAACCUGGACCACCUGCGAGACCCGCCAUUCCACACAGACUCAUAGAGCCGCAGCCACCGUCACGUCCAUUGCCGCCAACGCCUCGUGACGAUCCAAGACAACCGCACAAGAUCUCAACGCCUCCGUCGAAUCAUCAUCAAGCGGCAAAUUCGUCGGGAGGCGGAAGUGGUGGAUCCGGCGGUCAAGCAGCUCCUCAGAGAAACAGUCACGUAUUCAAGCCAAUGCUGCCGCCGAGGAGGCCGGAGGACUUGGACAUGCUGGCAGCUCAACUCAACGAGCUUGGUGUGUCACAGGGCCCAGAGGCCCCCCCGAGGCCCAACAGGCAACACAAGAGUCCAGCACCUUCGGUACAACCUUCGAAUCAACCGAUCAACUCGUCACAACCGAGCAGUAACGAACAAAACAGCAAACAGAUGCCACAGUCGUCGAGUAUUCUCGAUCAAGCACUUUCGAUCGAGAGUGACAGCGACGAUGAUUUCGAGGAUGCCAGUGGAAACAACACGAGAAACGACGGAACUUUGCUCGCCAGCGAUCCACCAAAACCUCUCCCUGAAUUUUCUCCUUUCAGGCCAUCGUCGGAUUCCUCGUCAUCGUCAUCGCACAAUGCUCAAAAUCAUCACGAAGGUGGUGCACCAAAUCGGCCUUUGCCGCCGACUCCAGACGAAGAAGAAUCGGGAGACCGUACGCUAGUCAUGAAACGAAAACUUAGUCAGACGAACGACGAUAAAAAGACGACGACGACGAGCAGCACGAACAACCGGCGAUCCGAGGUAGACGAGCAGCUACUCCUGAAGGAGUGGGACUUUACUCGGUUCUUUCAAGGCUUUAACGAAAGGUUGGAUAAAAUGAAACAGGAUACGAGCGUCAAGUCGAAAAGCGAGGAGACAUCUUCCUCGUCGGGGGAGAGAACGUUGAAGCGUUAUGAACUGGCCGCGAGGAGACAACAGGAACAACAACAUCCUCAGCAACAACAACAGCAUCAAAAAAUGAGUCAAAAGAGUGGACAGUUGCAAGUUCCCUCGCAGCAACAAGCUCCCAAAGCCGUUCACAGGCGCCAAGAAUCAGAUUCGAAGCUCGGGAACACGAGUGCUUUCGCUCGGGCGUUCAGACGCGAAAAUUCCGACUUUUUUCCGUCGACGAGACACUCGGCUUACCUACAAAAGUCAGAGCCGAGGUCGAGUAUUUUUGCGAGCGGAAAUCGACGCGGUAGCGAGAUAAGCGUUGCCGGGAUAGUCGGAAAGAAAGGAAACUCGAUGACUUCCGGCGAGCCCGUUCUCACCGAUUUCUCAUUCGGUCGUGAUCCCGCACCCCAAAGACCAAGACGCGAAAAAACCGAGAGCGAAAUUGUCUUCGGUAAUCGAGCAUUGCCCCAGGAUAUCGUCACAAGCAGGGAGCGCAACACCGACAGGAGACACGACGUCGAGGCCCGAUUUUCACGCGAUCGCGAUCCUAACGAGGCUCGCAGACGACGCUUCAGAGCUUCGGAGGCCACCUCCUCCGACGACACUGGAACCAUUAAAUCCACCGCCAGUACAACCGCGAGCGAGUACAGCCCCGUUGUCACCCAGAAUCGAGAGGGGGGAGACCGACCGAGAGGAGGCGGGGGAGGAGGUGAGUUCCAGAGGUCAGAUUCGUCCCCUGGCUCGCGACCUAGCUCCGUCCUACCGGACCUCUUGACCUCGUCCCCGGGUCAACGGCAGGACAAGUCCACCAGCGAGGAGUAUCGACAAGCGGUUAAAUCUCCACCUCCGCUUGCGCUCCAACAGAAACAGAGAUCUUUCCUGACCUUUGGCUUCGGUGCUGGACCAGCGAGACGAGAAUCCCAUGUUAAUGUUAACGUCACACCCACCAGUCACGAUCUUGCUUCUGACACUCCGGAAAUACGAAAAUACAAAAAACGUUUCAACAGUGAAAUUCUUUGCGCCGCAUUGUGGGGUGUGAAUCUUCUAAUCGGAACGGAGAACGGUUUGAUGCUACUUGACAGAAGUGGACAGGGCAAAGUAUAUCAACUGAUAAACAGACGACGCUUUCAGCAGAUGGAAGUACUCGAGGGACAAAAUAUUCUCGUUACUAUAAGCGGCAAGAAGAAUCGCGUUAGGGUUUAUUAUCUGUCGUGGCUGAAGAGCAAAAUUUUACGUACCGAUGGUCACAGCGACCAAGUCGAGAGGCGCAACGGUUGGAUAAACGUUGGUGAUCUUCAAGGCGCGGUGCACUUUAAGAUAGUCAAAUACGAGAGAAUAAAGUUUCUCGUGAUAGCGCUAAAGGACUCGAUUGAGAUUUACGCGUGGGCACCGAAACCUUAUCACAAAUUUAUGGCUUUUAAGUCGUUCGGCGAAUUGGCGCACAGACCGUUGCUCGUCGAUCUUACCGUCGAAGAAGGAUCACGCUUGAAAGUCAUUUACGGUAGUGCCGAUGGUUUUCAUGCUGUCGAUCUCGAUUCUGCCACCGUUUACGACAUAUAUUUACCGAAGCACACUCAGGGACCUAUCUGUCCGCAUUGCAUCGUUGCUCUGCCAAACAGCAACGGAAUGCAACUAUUACUGUGCUACGACAACGAGGGAGUUUACGUAAAUACCUACGGACGGGUUUCGAAAACGAUGGUUCUUCAAUGGGGUGAAAUGCCGACAAGCGUAGCUUAUAUCGGCACUGGUCAAAUAAUGGGCUGGGGCAACAAGGCAAUCGAGAUACGUAGCGUAGAAAGUGGUCAUCUUGACGGUGUUUUCAUGCACAAGAAAGCUCAACGGCUCAAGUUCCUCUGUGAACGUAACGAUAAGGUGUUCUUCUCGUCGGCGAAGGGCGGAAGUUCAUGUCAAAUAUAUUUCAUGACGCUGAACAAACCGGGUAUGGCCAACUGGUGAUCCCGAAUGAGGCCACAAAUGGCCCAAUCAUCGUCACAGUAUCGUCAAUCGCCCUCGUCACCGCCAUACGAGAAGGAUCAUUAUCAUCAUCAUCGUCAUCAUCAUCAUCAGCCGCAGCAGCAGCAGCAGCAGCGAGUAAUGAGAGGCGUCGUGAGAUUCUCGUCAAAAAAUCCCUAUUCACUGCCACGUACGAGCUUUUCCGCAGCCAAAAAGUGCACUCAUCGCAAUCAUCAUUAUCAGGAUCGAGAAAAUUCUCGUUACUACGAGCGCCAUGAGAGUAACAAUAACAAAUACAGUAACAGCGAGUUCGGUAGCAACAAUAACGAGAAUUACCACACCAACAAUAAUCAUGAAAAUAAAAAUAAUUACGAAGAUAAUCGUAGUCGUCAGCAGCGACGUUACCACGAUUACAGCGACGAGGAACAUCAGUAUCUUGCGAGUGACGACGACGAAGAUACUUAUUACGAUUAUGAGAGACUCAAGCGUUAUCGAAACCGUUUGUCAUCCCGACGCAUCAGUCCGGGUACGAUAAAUCGUGUCAAUCUGAUGGUUAAAAGAUUUUUGUGCUUUCUUGCGUGUCCUUCUCUCCGUUCGUCGGUGCGUUACAGUCAGGACUGUUGAGAAAUACACAUAAACAAAGAAAAUCAUUGGAAAAGAGAAGAGGAAGAAGUUUUUAAAUUUAAGCAAAGUAUUCCUAAACGCGUGGUGAAGAGGAGGGAGCAUUAGGAAACAAAGAAACAAAAAACGUACAGUAUCGUAUUUUCCACUUUUACGGAUAAAGGUUAGACUUCGUGAGAAGAAAUUUCAAUUUCAAUCGUCUCUUAAUCGCUUUUAUUUUAUUUUCGUUCUAAAUGUGAUAUAUAUAUAUAUAAAUAUAUAUGCGUGAGAGAGGAGACGGGGAAUUUUUUUUUCAAGCACAAAUUUAAUUCCCGUCAUAAAGUAAUGACGAAAAAAAACGUUUCAAAAUUACGCUGAAAAUUAGCCAAAUUUAUUCCUUCGACACAACGCCACAUGUCUUUCGCCCUCUUCACCAUGGACGGUACUAGAAACAAAAAAAAAAGAAAUCUCCAGGGGCAGUCAAAGUGAGCUCUGGCUCUAAAUUUAUAAUCCCUCUGCUGCUUUCUCUCUGUCUCUCUUUAUCUUUCUUUCUCUCGCUCAAACUUGCAUUCUCCACUUCAAUUAAACUUUUUUUUAUUGCUCGACCGCGGAAAGAGAACCGGAAGUUGGCGACAGACGUCUCGCUUAAAAUACUACCCCGUUUAAUUAAAAUGUUACGUUGUAACGUUGACAAAAGUGGACCGUCCGGGCGAGAGUUUCGUAGUGAGGGGAUCUGUUGGGGGGUGGUCGUGGUUUGUCAAUAGUCUUCUGUGUGUCUUUUGAACCGUUAGAUUUCUCGUAAUUGCGUAAAGGCUGGGUGAGCAUAGAAAACUAUGAUUUCUGGGCUCCUUCGAGGAUUUGGGCGCGUCGAAUCACGGAAUUUUUAUUUUCAAGUUACAAAAUUGAUCGACGAAACUGUGUGAUUAUUGGACAAAGGUUGAAUAUUGAGAAAAAGGCUCACAUAAUAUGCGCAUGAAUUUUUCUCGCCCUAAUUUCCCUCUGCUUUUUCAUUCUCGUUACUUCGAUCACGCAAAGCGAGUAAAAGUGAAGAAAUGCGCGCUUCGUCGGCGAGGGUAAUGGGGAAUAGUGACUGAUGAAAAUCGAGAAAUGAAAACGCAAAUGAAAGAGCCGAAAAAAUAAACCAUGACUAACGUUCGCAUUUGAAGUGAACAAAGGCAAAAAUACAAAUAAACGGUGAAUAAAUUUUUUAAGUGCGAAGAAGGAGAAACAAAUGAUGGUCGCUAAAGUUAUCUCUUGUAUAGCUAAAUAACAGUUAGCCGUCAUAAAAAUCCAGGUAUAUAUCAAUUAAAUCAGCACAUCUAUAUCUUUUAAAGAUGAGCGUUGAACGAGAAGACAAUGAUGAAACGAGAACGUCGACAGGAUUAUAAUUAUACUAAUAUUAUUAAUAUGAAAAUUGAUGAAUAAUAUUAAAAACAAAUAAUAAUUAUGAUAAAGAUAAUAAUAUUAAUAAUAAUAAUGAUAAUAAUAAUUAUAAGCCGCCGUUAAUUGUGACGACGAUUGAUGAUUGUAGUAUUUAGCGUGCAUGAUCGAUGAUUAUGGAACAAAAUGACAUUACGACGACAAUUAUACCGGAUACGACAAUGAUGAUAUGCCGAUGAAGCGUUCGUUAAUUAGAAAGAACAAAACAAAACAAUUCGCAUUUUUACAAAAUAGUAGAAUAAUUGUACUAGAAUUUUCAUGACGCACCGUUGUCUCUAGUGUAACAUUUCAUUCGUGCAUAUAUAUAUAUAUAUAUCGUUUUUGAUUUUUUAUUUUUCGCCCUCAUUGUUUUUGCGAAAGGCCUUCCACAUCAUAAUAAAACGAUGAAAAUGACGCACUUGUAAGAUUAAUGCCGCUCUGUCCCUCGUCGUUCGAAAUUGUAUUGAUUGAGACUCGAUCAUUAAAAUUGUCAUAGUUUUGACAAAUAAGUAGAUAUUUAAGAAUCACAUAGGGAGAUAAAUGGAUGCAAUGGUGUAAUCGAUUUUCACCGGUGUACCGACAUGGCUGAUCGCGAAUUAAUUAAAAUUUCAGAUGAAGUAGCUUUUUUAAGGGAUUUAUAACGAAAGAUUCAAUGAAAAAAUGAUAAAUUUAGUAAUUUUUUAAAAUUCGGCUAAUUAAACUCGCGCGUCCUGUACGAUUUGAGGUUAAGGAAACCCUCGAAGAAGCCAAACACGAGUCUAUCGGUCAUAUUUUUAUCUUCGAUAUUUCAUCAUCGCUGGGAAAGCUUUUGACGACGAGGGAUCGAGAAUUAAAUUUCCAAGAGCAUUGGCACAAAAGCCAUAUGAGAAAGGAACCGGUCUCGGGGACGAAAAGCGAAUACAACUUUUUUCUCUCUUUUUUCGUUCCCUUCUUCUCUCUUGCACCUUCUCUCUCCUCAUCGUUUUCUCUUCACUGAGUACUCCAAUCCCACUAUCGCGUAUUUGUACAUAUAUACGGAAUGUUGUUGCGUACGUGUGCAGUUCCGGGCGAUAUACGAAUGUGUGUAUGUGCGAUUUUAUGUGUACAACGCUAUCGCCAAGCCAAAGGGAGAGAAAGAGCGAGAGAGAGAGAGAAAAAGAGGGAUAGAAGCAAAGGGUGAAAUUACGUUGAGCAAUCUAUCGGAAAUUUGAUCGUAUCUCUUCCGAAAUACGAUACAUGUAUGCGGAGAGCUGUCGUAGCCUUUCUCCUCUGAAAUGCAAAAAGUAAAAUAAAUAAAUAAAUGAAAAGCUCUCAACAAAAAUGUGUGCGUGUGUGUGUAAAGAUAGAAGGAAGGAAAAAAACAAAAGUAGAAAAACAAAUUCGUGCAUCCAGCGAUUCGUUGUUAUUCCAUCGGAUUUUUUCACCCCCGCUGGUUUCUUCGGUUUAAUUUUUUAUUAUUAUUUUUUUUUUACAUUUUCCACUGCACUACUCGUACGUGCGUGUAUUUUACAGCGUGACUGAGUGUGAGUAACAAAAACGGGCAUGUGAUCUGUGCGAGUAAAGCACAGCGAUCGAGCAAUAUCGUGCUUUUUCGUCAGUAUAAUCGAACAAACCAUUUACGUGGGCGUCGGGACACGUUUCUAUUUUUUGGGUGGAUCGAUGUAAAGACUGCUUUUUGACGCAUUGACAGAAUGACGAUGAUGAUGACGACGACCACAACGACGAAUGGGCGAAUGCGACGAAGGAACGAGAGAAAAAGAGAGAGGGAGAGGGCGAGCGAAGUUUUUCUCCAGGGUAAUCGUCCCUGGUUCCGGUGAGAAGGGCCAGCAAGGAACUUAUUAAGGAUUUAACAUGAAAAACUAUCUUCAUUGUUCUAUUAAUUAUAUUUCCUUGCGUUUUUUCUCUUUCCGCUCAUUCGUCCCCAUAAAUUCUCACUCCCUCCGAGCAAACUCACUCAAACCACAAAAUCUUUCUUGCUCUCAUGUCCCUCUUCUUCUACUACAUUCGCAACUUUUUCUAUCGCAGACAAUCCAUUCCGUCUCGAUUCCUAUUUCUUCCUCUCAAACAAACAUACAUUGAUUCCCCUCCUCAUGACUGUUUUAUUUUUCUCGUUCCAACUAUUCCCAAAUGCCCGAUUAUCGCCCAUCCGAGCCUACAUUUCAACGAUCCAUUCAAUGCCCUCCCCUGCUCCAAACCUUCAAACCCUCUUUUCCUGCUUCUCCAUUUGACGGAAAAUCCUUUCUGACCUCUCGGCAAAUCCUCUCUCACGUGUACUCUCUCCCAAAGAUGGUGGUGAUUAUUUAUCCUUUUUUUCGUUUUUUUUUCACUUUUAUGUCCUGUUUAUUAUGUUAUUAUUAUUAUUCCUAUCUACCACGAACAGUGUCGAGAGAGAGAGAGAGAGAGAGAGAAAGCGAGAGAGAGAGGCCCAAUAAUAAAGAAGAUUGAAAAUGUACUGAAACGACUUUGCGGUAUAUUAUAAUUACGAUUAUUAUUAUUAUUAUUCUUAUUAUUAUUAUUAUUACUGCUAAGGUCAAAUAUACGGACAAUUCGUAAA